GUCACUUUGAAGGUUGUCGCAGCGGAUAACAGUCCAUAUGGAUAGCCCCAUCACCAAAAUACUGAAGAAUUCACUUUCGACAUUGGAGCUGAUUGAUGCUCAGAACCCAUUAGCAAUGUCGUCUUCAAUCACCACUUCUUUCCAAACCAGCAACUUGAGAUCUGUUUUCCUGGGCAAUAGAAAUGGAAUCCGUGUUUCCAGUGUUCCUGUCACUCGUGUUGGUUGUAUGAGGAAGACUGUGGAAUGCAAGGAAUCGAGAAUUGGGAAACAACCAAUUGAAGUUCCAGCAAAUGUGACACUCACAUUGGAAGGACAGGAUUUGAAAGUAAAGGGUCCUCUAGGAGAGCUUUCAAUAUCUUAUCCACGAGAAGUGAAGCUUGAGAGGGAGGACUCAGGGAUCCUAAAGGUAAAAAAAGCAGUGGAAACAAGAAGAGCCAACCAAAUGCAUGGUCUAUUCAGGACUCUUACUGACAACAUGGUGGUGGGUGUAUCAAAAGGAUUUGAGAAAAGACUCCAACUGAUUGGUGUAGGGUACCGUGCAAUGCUAGAAGGAAAAGACUUGGUACUGAAUCUUGGGUUCUCUCAUCCAGUUAGGAUGGCAAUCCCAGAUGGCCUGCAAGUAAAGGUGGAAGACAACACCAGAAUUGUUGUAAGCGGAUACGAUAAAUGUUCCAUUGGUGAAUUUGCUGCGUCGAUUAGGAAGUGGAGACCCCCAGAACCUUACAAGGGUAAAGGUGUGAAAUAUGCUGAUGAAAUAGUAAGAAGAAAGGAGGGCAAAGCUGGAAAGAAGAAGUAAUAGACAUUUUUCUUGUGGUUGUUACAUUUAUUUUGUCCACUCAUUCAGAUGCACCCUAAUUUGCAUUGGCAGUAUCAGAUGUACUGAUGACCACAAAGUGUAUCAAACUAUCAAUACAUUUAACAGGUAGAUCAUUUUGUCUAUAAUUGAUUA